GGCUCCGGACACAGAGGUCGUCUCUGGAAGAUGAACAGCACGGGCGUCCGGGCGGCGCUCCUCCUCCUCCUCCUCCUCCUCCUCCUCCUGGUCACAGCUGCCGCCACGGCCGCUGAAGGAGGAGUAACGUUCUGGCAGAAAGACUUCACGAUGGUCUGUCCUCAAACCGGGAUGUGGUUCAGGAAACUAGAAAAAGGACCCAAUUACUCCCAAUCCUACACACUCCAGUACGGUGGAUACACCAGAGGCGUUUACCACUGCAAAUACUUUGAGCACGAUAAAGAAAUAACGUAUUAUUUCUACGUCAAAGGAAAGGUGUGUGACAACUGUUACGAGCUGGACGCCGUCGUGGUUGGCUGGACCAUCGUUGGGGACGUGGUGGCGACGGCGUGUGUGAUGGCGUUCAUCUACCGCUGCACCAAGAAGAAGAGCUCAGCCGGACUUACUCAUGCCUCCAAAGCUGCUCGCCCAGGAGGCCGGCCGCCGCCGCCCCGCUCGCCUGACUAUGAACAGCUGAGCCCUCACACUCGCUCCCAGGAUCCGUACUCUGCGGUGAACAGGACGGGGUAGACGCUGACGACGAGCAGAUGGAUAUUCACAAACACAAGCAUAAUAACUCUGACUUUUUCUUUCUUGAAUUUGAAAAAAUGGCAUAAAUAAAGCAUUUCACUGUUA